CUAGUGAGUCGCCUGGCCGGCAACUUCCAAACUUAAGCGCUCGAUCUCCAGUUAUUUGCAAUAGUGUAUUUCAAUAUUUCUUGCAAUUUUUUUAAAUCUCCGAGGAACCAACAUGAAUUCUAUCAGAACGGUAUUGGGCAAAAUCCCACGGGAUAUUGUCCCGAAGAAGAAAUUCCACGUCUCGUCAAUAGCCUCAAAUCACGCACCAGGACCUCUGACCCAGUUUACCGAUGAUGAGAUUAUGAUGAAAGAGACUGUUGCUAAAUUGGCGAGGGAAGAGAUAGCACCGCUGGUCAAGAAGAUGGAAAAGGAGGGGAAGAUUGACGAUGGAUUGUUAAGGAAGCUAUUCGACAAUGGGUUGAUGGGACUGGAGAUUCCAAGUGAACUUGGCGGAGCCGGAUGUAACUUCUUGACAACAAUUUUGACAGUGGAGGAAGUAGCUAAAGUAGAUGGUGCCGUAGCCGCUCUCGUGGACAUUCACAACACUUUAGUUAAUUCUCUUAUCAUUAAAGUUGGUACUGAAGCACAGAAGGCUAAAUAUUUGCCGAAACUGGCGCAAGAAUUUGCUGGGAGUUUUUGUCUCACAGAGCAAGGCGCUGGUUCGGACGCAUUUUCCCUCAAAACAGAAGCCAAGAAAGAUGGAUCUCACUACAUCAUUAAUGGAUCUAAAAUGUGGAUUUCCAAUUCUGAUAUCGCUGGAGUUUUUAUCGUCUUCGCCAAUGCAAACCCAUCAGCGGGUUACAAAGGAAUUACAACUUUCUUCGUUGAUAGAGAUAUGCCCGGAGUUACUGUGGCUAAACCUGAAGACAAACUCGGUAUCAAGGCAUCGGGGACAUGCAUGGUGCACUUUGAAAAUGUUCGGGUACCUGAAGAAUCCAUUCUAGGGGAGUUUGGGAAGGGAUACAAAUAUGCAGCUGGGUUUCUCAAUGAGGGAAGGAUAGGCAUCGGUGCACAGAUGAUUGGGAUAGCUCAGGGCGCCCUUGAUGCGACCAUUCCUUACACUCUCGAGAGGAAACAAUUUGGACACGAUAUUUUCUCAUUCCAGUCCAUGCAACAUCAAAUAGCUCAGGUAGCCACUGAACUCCACGCAGCAAGACUUCUGGUGUACAACGCAGCUCGAAAAGUAGAGGCAAAACAAGAAUUCACGAAAGACGCAGCUAUGGCGAAGCUUGUAGCUUCAGAGACUGCCCUGAAAGUGACAGCCAAGUGCAUAGAUUUUAUGGGUGGCGUUGGAUUCACGACAGAUUUUCCUCAAGAGAAGUAUUUUAGAGACUGCAAAAUUGGUACAAUUUACGAGGGCACCAGCAACAUGCAGCUGUCAACGAUCGCAAAGUAUCUCAGGAAGGAGUAUUCGUAAUUGUGAACAUGGUAUUAGUUUUGUACUUCUUUUUUUUAUCAAACAUUUUGCCACGAAUAAAAGAUGAAGUUUUUUUACGUAA